AUGCAUUCUGGUGAGCUCCUCUUCCCUCCACAACAAUUCAACCACCUCAACAAUUUCAUUUUACUCAUUUAUGUAUUAUUUGCGACUACUGAUGUUGCAAUUAUUAAUGUAUAUUUAGAAAAAAGGUACAAUACACCUCAUUUGUCAUGCAAAAUGUUCAUGUAUUUUGAAAUGUGGUCCAUGAAAAAAGCGACAACACGUAAUCCAUCACAAAAUUUUAAAGGUGUUGAGGAAGCUUUCUUCACUAUUGCUAGAGAAAUUAAAUCUAGAUUAAUAGAUUCUGGAGAAGUUGAUCCUGAGGAAACUAAAGCACAAGAUAGAGAGCCAGGAACUACGGAAAAGAAGGAUACCAAUACAAACAAAACAUCAACAGGUGGAUCCAAUGGAACUGUCAAGAUUGAUUCUCAAGGCACUGGCGAAGCAGAUAAAAAGAAGAAAAAGAGCUGGUGCUCAAUUUUGUGA